AUGCUUUGGCACACCUACACCCUCGCUCUCCUGGCCGCGCCUCUGGCUGCCCUGGCCGCCACGAGCGAGCGCUGGUCAGUCGGCUACUACAAAGACACCUACUGCGAGAAGAGAGGCGGCUACCUCGGCCGCUGGUCCAAAACCGGGUGCAUCAACCUCGACAACUACACCUACGACAUCAAGGCUCUCCAGUUCGAGUUCGACAUGGGCCGCUGCGGCUACUCCAUCAUGGUUUUCGAGGACCUGGACUGCAAGACGAAAUCCGGCUCCGGGACCCGGCAGGUGAGGAGCGGGGAGUGCGCCUCGGUAUACGAUACUGUCGGCAAGGACGAUGCGAAGUGGUUGAGCUAUUACAUCUUAGCCAACCCAUGCGGGUAG